GUUGUUGUUCAUUGUUGUGUUGUGUGUAUCUUCUUUCCCCUAGUUGUAUGUACGUAAUAGUUAAAUGUUUGUUUACCUUUGUUCAGCUUUGUCGUCCUUAUUGUUUAGCUGUAUUUCUAUUUCUGUGUAAGUUUAUUGAGACGUGCCUUGUAUGUGUAUGUGCAGUAAUGUAGCAGGAGUUUACAGAUACAUAUUCUGAUCAGAGUGACAAAGUUGUUCAAAAUAUGACAAGUUCCGGGUUUUAAGAGUAUCUCUGACAAAACAUCCCAACUGUAGAUCGAUGUGACGGCAUCUUUAAAUUUAACUGGUUGGUAAAAAAAAAAGAAGAAAAAGGAGCUUUUCUCCUUUUAUACCAAUAUAUAAAAGGAAGAGCUUUUGACUGCACAUAUUUGUACUCAGGAUCAGAAAUACAGGACGGUUUUAUUAAUGCUUCGGAGCUUUAUUUUUAGUCUAUUACCGAAUUAAAAAAUGAUUUAUGUUUUUUUUUUAUUUAAGUGCACAUUAGUCCAUAAAUCACUAAAACUGAUAUUAUAUCGCUGUUUUUGUGUGGAGGUCCGGUAGGAACUUUUCUUAAUCUAGUUCACAGAUUUAACGUAUACUCUUGACAUUUUACCGUCUUGUUACAUGUGUUUUUAUUAAUUGGACCGUUUUGUUUACAGCAGCCGGGGAUGUUUUGGUGACGGACCGCAGACGCUGACUUCCGCUUCCGGUCGGUGUUUUCACCAUGUGAGCGAUGGCUUCACCCGCUCAGGAGUUAACUCUGGUCGGUCUGUGCGAUGGAGAGCUCGACUCUAAAAAGCACCAGUCCUCAUAUCUGACCAACAAAGUCGGGGGUCAGCCGGACUGGUUGCCGGCCAUCUCCCGGCAGUCUCCCCGCUGCGGUCGCUGCGGAGCCCCGUUAGCUCAUGUGGUGCAGGUGUACUGCCCCCUGGAGGCCUCCCCCUACCACAGAAACCUCCACCUGUUCGCGUGCCCAGGUGCUGAGUGCAGCGGCAGGUCAGACUGUUGGAGGGUGCUCCGCUCUCAGUGCCUGGAGGCGGAGGCGGAGGUGGCAGCGGCGCAGACACCCAGCCGGCCUGUGCGGGCUCAGGAGGCUCCUCUGUCGGCCACUGACUGGUGUGACACCGCUGAUGACUGGGGGAUGGAGGAGGGGGAUGAUGGAUGGGGAGGAGGCGUGAAGGAGGACAGCCAGGUUCAGGAGGAGGCAGCAGCUGCUGAAGCAGAGGCAGCCAGUGAGACUGCUGUCAGCAGCCAGCUUCAGGAUCUCAGUUUGGGAGACUCACGGGAGGACGUUCAUGUCCUCCGCCCGUUCUUCAUCAGUGUGGUGGAGGAGUCGGAUCUGGGCGGAGAGGAAGACGACCUGCAUCACGCUCGGGAGCUGCUGAGGGAGUACGAGAGGAGAGAAGGAGUGGCGGUGGGCGAGCUGGAGGGCGGCGAGGGCGGCGGUGGGCAGGAGAAGUACGAGAAGACGAAAGCCCGACACGGAGACGCCGUCUUUUCCAGGUUCAUGAAGAAGAUCUCGCUCUGUCCUCAGCAGAUCCUGCGGUACUGUCGCGGCGGGAAACCGCUCUUCAUCUCCGAGCCGCCGUCCAACAUGGCUCAGGUGGUUUCGGCGUGCGGCUCCUGCGGAGGAUCCAGGACUUUUGAGCUGCAGCUGAUGCCGGCUCUGGUCAGUCUGCUGCAGAGGAAGGACGGCGGCGCCGAGGCAGAGCUGGAGUUCGGGACGGUGCUGGUUUAUACCUGCACAAACAGCUGCUGGACGGCGGGAUCAGGAUCAGGAUCAGCUGUGGAGGAGUUCUGCUUUGUUCAGACAGACCCCGACCAGCAGCUCUUUAAAUAACCGAACAGCUUAAAGGAUCCGGUCAGUCUGAUUCUCACCGAUUUGUCCAUCAAAACAGAACAAAGAGUAUUAAAAACGGAAAAUUUAUUAAGUUUUGGAUGCUGGUGAUGACAGUUUUAAUUUCUGGGUCAAAAGACCAAAGAAGCUCCCAGAUUUUAUUCCAUCCAGACCAGUCGGUCUGAGCUGAAAUCAGCACCUGAAAGUCUUGUUUUUGCAGACCUCCAGUGGUUUAAUAUCUCACCUUGCUGCAGUGAUGAUGAAGUGUACUCCAGGACACCGUGACAUCACUGUUGGGUGUGGUUACAGGUGUACUUUGGUGAUGCUGGCUGUGUUCAGAGGUGAAACAGACCUGAAAAUUUCAAAACUGCUGUUCAGCCACACUUUAAAAGAGUCGAUCAAUACUGAAUCUCAGGGCGGAACCCUGCUGCUGCACGGUUAAAUUGUAAUGCAUGUUGUGUCUCUGGAUGCGCCUAAAUCAAUGACGAUAUGGUGGAUGAGGAAGAGUGUCUGAAGAACGCUGCCAAAACAUAGUUGUUGUGUUUCCUGCUGCAAAAAGACACUUCACAGUUUACAGUAGGUCUUCUUCCAGUGAGCUUAGAAAAUGCUUGUUUAUAGAAAAAGAAGCAAAAAUAGAAAAAGAUCAAAAAGAGCCCGAGGCCCCCCACAGUUAUCAAAAAAUGGAUGAUUAAAUGAUAAACAAGUGUUUGCACUGAAAAUGGUAGUUUUAAAAUCCUGAUUUAGUUUCACUUAAGGCCUAAAAUAGAGCAGUGGUGUGAAAGCGCUGCGAGUGGUGAGAUGCAGUUAUAUCUAUAUAUACUUCUACCCGUAUACAGCAGUGCAGCAGCAGUUUUCUCCCUGUGUGAUUUACUGCAGAUUUACCCUUUAAUAACAUGCAGCUAGCUAAGAUUAGCUGCUCUGACCUUUGACCUCCCUGUAAUGAAAUGUUAGGAACUGAAAGUGCCUUAAAUAUAUUGCUGCGUGUGUGAGACAAUAUCUCAACUCUGAAAGUGACGCUGCUCCUAAAAUCCUUUAUCGAGACACAGAAUAAACUAUUUUACAACUCGCACUCACAGAUUAUAUAUCAAAACACAGAACAUCAAUAUUUUCCUUUCUUUUUACUUCAACCUCACGAUACAUUUCUGUAAUUCAGUGUCUUAAGCGUCACACCGAAACAGUUCAGGUUGAACAGCAUUAAGGUAAUUCAGCGAAGAAAAUGUAAACCGAACAGAGUAAAACCAAGCUAUAAAAAUGUAAAUGAUCAGCUGAAGGACUUUCUUUUUUUACUGGACCAGAUCCAGAGUAUCAAAAAUAGAUUUCUUAAUUAACUGGCUAAUAAAUAAUGACAGGAUUUUGUGCGACUUUAGCGUCUGUAAUGACAUUACUGAUUGUUGUGAUUGUGUGACAUUAAAGCACGGCUUGAAUUCUA